AAAGUUCAGUUUCGAUUUGACUUUUUUGGAAGGGCGAACGCUACUUUUUGUAGUAGUAGGUAGAUGGUAUAGAGUACUGCUUUUUAUUGUGGAACGGUGGGUUAAUUUGUCUUACGCCUGACCUAGACGACUUGGCAUAAGUACAUUUUUUUAAAGAAAUGAAGCUAAAACUUGCACUGUUGUGUAUUUUUGCGUUCGGGGUGAGAAGUUCGCUUUGCGAUACCCCAGCCAACUGCUCGUAUGAAGAUUUAGUAGGAACCUGGAUCUUUCAGGUUUCGACAGGUGGUCAAGAUAAAGCAAUAAACUGUACCAACAUGGGACCUGCUGUAAAAAGCGUUACUGUCCACCUCGAGAAGCUGGAUGUUGCGUCAGAUGAUUUAGGAAACACAGGUUUCUUCACUUUGAUUUACAACCAGGGGUUUGAGGUGGUUCUGUCGGACUAUAAAUGGUUUGCCUUUUUCAAGUACAAGAAGGAGGGAGCAGAAGUAAAAAGCUAUUGUGAUCAGACUCUCCCAGGAUGGGUACAUGAUGUCCUGGGACACAACUGGGCCUGUUUUGUAGGAAAAAAGGUGAAGUCCAUUCCACCAAAAUCCUCCAUUAGCAAUACACUUUCUCCCAAGCAAAUGCUACUAUUACAACAGCCCUACAAACAAAAUCCAGACUAUGUGAGAACCGUCAAUGCCAUUCAGACAUCAUGGACUGCAGCCAUCUAUAGUGAGCACGAAAUGUUUACUAUUCAAGAGCUGCUCAGAAGAUCUGGGGGUCAUGGCUCUCGUGUACCAAGACGCCUAAAACCAGCUCCAGUUAAAGAAGAAGUAGCCAAGCUCGCUGCCGGAUUGCCUGAAUCAUGGGAUUGGAGAAACAUUAAUGGGGUCAAUUAUGUCAGCCCUGUCCGCAAUCAAGCUUCGUGUGGAAGUUGUUACUCCUUCUCCUCGAUGGGGAUGCUGGAAGCCCGCAUUCGCAUCUUGACCAACAACACGCAGCAGCCUGUCCUCAGCCCACAGCAAGUGGUUUCCUGCAGCGAAUAUUCUCAAGGAUGUGAUGGAGGAUUCCCUUAUCUUAUUGCUGGAAAGUAUAUUCAAGACUUUGGAGUGGUGGAGGAGAGCUGCUUUCCUUACAUUGGCAGAGAUUCACCAUGCACUUUGAAGGACAGCUGCUUCCGGUACUACGCCUCCGAAUACCAUUAUGUAGGUGGCUUCUAUGGGGCAUGCAAUGAGGCCGAGAUGAGACUUGAACUGGUCAGGAAUGGCCCAAUGGGAGUAGCCUUUGAGGUGUACCCAGAUUUCAUGAAUUACAAAGAAGGUAUUUACCACCACACUGGUCUGAUGGACGAAUUUAACCCAUUUGAGCUCACAAACCACGCUGUACUGCUGGUAGGCUACGGAAGUGACCCCAAAACAGGCGAGAAGUAUUGGAUUGUGAAAAACAGCUGGGGAACAGGAUGGGGGGAGGACGGCUACUUCAGGAUCCGCCGAGGAACAGAUGAAUGCGCUAUAGAAAGUAUAGCUGUGGCCGCCACUCCCAUUGCAAAGUUAUAGAUUCCAUUGGUCAAGUGAAGCUCCUUUGUUUGUGGCUGAUGCUGUCAACAUUCCUGUUAGGAUCUACAGGGUACAGGACUGCAUUGAUAAACAAAAUUACAGUUUUGAGGUUUGGCUUUAAUCAGCAAUUAUUGACCAGCCAUAUUGGCAGUAAUCUAAUUGCAAACAAGGAGACGUACAGUAACAAUGACACCGUAGCCUAUUGCUAAAAGGAGAAUUUUGCAAGUAUUUGUGCUUUUUUACUUAUUUUGGUUUUAUUUUUUUAUCAUUCACAUAAAUUGUUAAUGAUUUACUGAACGGUGAAAUCCUGGAAUACCUGCUUGCCAAAAGUAUCUGUUUUUGCAUGUGGUUUCUUUUAUUAUACUGUAUCUUUUAUCAUAGAGCAGUUGUUUUUGCAGGAUUGGAAAGCACCUUUGAUUGAUUGUUUACUUAUUUACAAAUUGCACUGGAAAAAAAAUGGCAUUUUAUCUGAUUCAUUUUUAAAGGGAAGAUAGCAUGAUUGUGUCUUCAUUUUGUUAUUGUAAACAGUAGGUCUAGCUUCCCUUGAAUUUUCAAAUUUCAGGGAAAAGUCUUUUUUUAAACCUAAGCUGUAAAUCAGAAAUGUAUGAUACAGAAUCAAUGUGGUUAAAGGAAUUUGCAGUGUUCCUUAAUCAAAUGAAUUUUCUGUGAUUUUUAAUUGUCAAUCAAGUGUUUUAUGUUUUACUAAGUAAACAUGCUUUGUGAAAUAAA